AAGAUUUGAAAUCGGUUCCUGAAGUAGUAAUUUUUUAAACAACAAAUUGUUGAAUUGUAUAUUUGGACUAAUUUGGACAAAUUUUUUCAAACAUUAUUAUUUUGACAAGCCUUUGCUCCCAUCGACAAAAAUGAUAUUCUCCAUUUGAAUUGAUAAUGUAUUCUGUGCCUUAGGAUUUGGAUGAGAUGGAGAAAGAUGGAAAUGACUGUAGAACCACAAAUUGAGGAUUGAGUAGGUCUCUUAUUAAUAGUUCAAUAAUGAUACAAUGGCCAAAAAAACAGUGAUGGAAGAAAGAAGGUAUAAAAUAUAGUACUUAUUUGGUGGUUGUCAUUUGGAAUAAUAUGUUUAUUGACUAUUGUUACAAGAUUUUAUAAUGUAACAGAACCUGACCAUAUUUGCUGGGAUGAAACUCAUUUUGGGAAAAUGGGCAGCUGGUACAUCAACCGCACAUUUUUCUUUGAUGUCCAUCCACCAUUAGGAAAGAUGCUCAUUGGCCUCUCUGGAUAUCUAACAGGAUAUGAUGGCAAGUUUGCAUUUGAUAAACCUGGUGACAAAUAUGAAAAUACCUCAUACAUUGGAAUGAGAUUGUUCUGUACAACCCUUGGGGCUACAAUAGUGCCAAUGUCUUUUGUAUCAGUUGAAGAGUUGACUUAUAGUAUUACAGCUGCUUCAUUUUCAUCUUUAUUGAUAAUUUUUGAUGUUGGUCUCAUUACUUUGAACCAAUAUAUAUUGUUAGAUCCUCUUCUCUUAUGCUUCAUGAUAGGAUCUUUUAUGGGUGCUGUGAAAGUAUCUUCAAAAAGAAUCCAAGAAUUUUCUGUUCAAUGGUGGGUGUGGUUAACAUUUACUGGUACAAUGUUGUCCUGUUGCAUAUCAGUCAAGUUUGUAGGAUUGUUUGUUGUCUUGCUUGUUGGGCUGAUGACUGUAGCUGACUUGUGGAAUAUUUUGGGAGACUUGAGUAAACCUGUGACACAUACUCUGAAGAAUAUUUUAGCAAGAGGGUUAUGUUUGAUAGUUUUGCCGAUGGUACUGUACAUAAUAUUCUUUUACAUACAUUUGAGGGUAUUAAAUAGGAGUGGAAAUGGAGAUGGUUUCUAUAGUUCCGCUUUUCAAUCUCAACUAAUAGGAAAUAGCCUACACAAUGCAAGUAUGCCUUAUCAAGUGGCCUAUGGAGCGGUGGUUACUAUGAAAAACCAUCGGACCGGUGGAGGAUAUUUACAUUCUCAUUUUCAUCUCUACCCAGAAGGCGUGGGUGCUAGACAACAACAAAUCACAACUUACACUCACAAAGACGAUAAUAACAAAUGGAUUAUCAAAAAAUAUAACUCCGAAACUACUGAUGACGUUGAAAUAAUUCGAAAUGGUGACUUGGUACGUCUAGAGCAUCUUUCUACCAAACGUAAUCUCCACUCACACAAAGAACCGGCUCCCAUAACUAAAAAACAUUACCAAGUUACAGGCUAUGGGGAAAAUGGCACCGGUGAUGCCAAUGAUGUAUGGCGUAUAACAACAAUAGGUGCGAAGGAUGGAACAGAAUUAACCGCAGUCACCAGCAAGUUGAGAUUGAUUCAUUAUUUGCAGUCCUGUAUAUUAACAACAAGUGGAAAACAACUCCCCAAAUGGGGAUAUGAACAGCAGGAGGUUUCUUGUAAUCCAAACCUCAGAGAUCCAAAUGGCGUUUGGAACGUGGAAGAAAACUUUUUCGAAAAACUGCCAAAUGUGAGCUUUGAAGUAUAUGCUCCAAGUUUCUUAGAAAGAUUCAUUGAAUCGCAUGCUGUGAUGAUUCAAGGCAAUGCAGGCCUCAAACCUAAGGAAGGUGAAAUCACUUCUAGACCCUGGCAAUGGCCAAUAAAUUAUAGGGGUCAAUUCUUUUCUGGUUCCCAUCACAGGAUAUACCUACUUGGCAACCCCCUAAUAUGGUGGGGAAAUUUGAUAUUCAUUCUGCUGUUUGUAAUUGUUUUUACUGUGAAUGCCAUAAAGUUGCAAAGGGGAUACAUCAAGUCAUUUACAGGUAGACAUUGUUUUUUUUAGCAACUACCGAUUAUUCAUUACUUUUGAUUACUUUUCAUUCAACAGAUGCUCAUAGGCAGAAAUUGGUCGCAUGUAUGUGGCUGUUUCUAGGAUGGCUUUUGCACUAUGUGCCAUUCUGGGCGAUGGGAAGAGUUCUCUAUUUUCACCAUUAUUUUCCGGCAUUGUUGUUUAGUUCGAUGAUUACAGGUAUACUGAUCGAUUAUCUCUUGGCAGAGAUAACAAACAUGUUGAACGAUCAAAACGGCCGUAUUGUGUAUCAUACGCUUUUUGGGUUGAUUUUGUCAACAAUAAUAUACAGUUUCUACUUAUUUGCCCCAUUGGCAUAUGGUAUGAGCGGACCUUCAGCUAAUGACCAAAAUUCAACAAUGUAUGGACUACGAUGGAUUGAUAGUUGGGAAUUCUGAUAAUAUACUCCUCUAAUUAUUUUUAUUAAUUUUGUUACUGUCAUCAUUAUUGUAUUAUAAUGAAUAUAAAUUAUAUUUUGUCAAU